GCCGGUUUGCGAACUGGAUAAAGCUGAGGCCGCUCUUUCAGUAGCCCCAGGAUACAAAAAAAAAGAAAUUUCUGAAAUCUCCAAAUCCAAAUCCGAAUCCAAAUAAAGAAGAUGGCCACCGUUGGAGUGUUUGACCACCACCACCACCACCAAGGAUAGUACACGAAGAAGUAAAAAAUGAUGAAAAUAAUGAAUAACAUGAUCAAGGCAAAGAUGAGAAGGGUGAACCGCCAAGAGCUGGUGUCCUGGACGGUGAAGCGAAGUUGAAAGGACUACAAGAUUCUACUUCUAGCAGACUGCUGCUACUUCCCACCUCCCUUUUUGAGGCGAUAGGUCGCCAGGUUGUGGCAGGUUUAGGAGUCUGAGAGAGAGAGUUUUUCUAGUCCACGACCUACGAAGAUGCGAGCAGGAAGACGCGGCAUGACCGCGGUCUUCUUUUCGAGUGGAGGAGGCUUUGCUGGAGUACUUGGCAGUACAUUCGUCGAAUUUCAUCAGAUUAGGGACAAUGGAGGAGCAUCACAGCAGGUAGUAAUGUCACAACAAGCAUCACAACAUCAUCACAACAGGCAUCACAACACGAUAGGCGUAUCAGAAGGAGGAGUUGCACCAGGAACUACGGGAGGUGGUCUUCCGGUAGUUCCAUCUUCUGUACCUUCCUCUUCAGGGACCACUAUUAAUAGCGCGACUUCUAUUGCGAAUGUGAAUGACCCAAGAACGGCUCCUGCAGAGUCAUCAACAACAACAACAGCAGACGUUAGCUUUGCACUGCAGCAAGACCAGGCUCGAGGGCAGACAGCGGAGGAGGUUACUGCUGUUAAGGACGGUUGUAGUACUUCUAGUAGCGUCUAUCUUAGCUAAGAAAGUUUAGAUGAGCAAGGUGUAUAUCUAAAGAAGACAGUUUAGUUGAUGUAUAUCUAAGAGAGGAUGAUCAUGAUCAAGACCAAAGUGCAUGAUCAACCUGAACAGCCCACAGGGUAGUAGUACGGUACUUGCUUACGUUUGUCCUAAAUGGCAGAAGUUCGAAUCUCGAAACAGCAAAAAAAUCCUAGAUAAAUUUGUAGUGUGCAUGCAAGUCGCAGCAUAAUGAUAGAUUAAUGCGUUAAGGCAUUUGGUUUCGUAAAGAACUUUCUCAACUCUACUGAUCAUGAAGUAAAUCUUUACAAUUCCACUAGAGAUAGGGACUUGUCCAAGGUAUACUACCUCAUUAUUCACAUACCACUAUAAAUAAUACUAGCAGCACUACAUCAGCAUGCAAGCUCCAUCUGAUGAUCCACGCGGCUUCUAAUUUUGAAGUCGAAGAGGGUCUUGAUUUAGCAGAAAGUGAGAUAGCUUUUGCCCAGGCAGGGAUUCCACCUGCGUGGGUUCGGAGAGGCUGGCAGAAAAAAUCCUGGGAAGACGAUGGCUUCGACCAAGCAAGGAAGGAGGGAGAGGAGGUUAUGCUGGUUCUUUUGGAGUGAGUGUUACUGAAUACCGAUAGUCGCCUUUGAUGAUAUAUUAUACACCAAUGUGAAGAAUGUCGUGAUGUAGCCUGCGUCUUGAGAUCGUGAGUAUGUGCGAUACAAGUUGUAGAAGGAGAUAUGAUCGUUCGAGAAGCAGGGGCAGGGCGUUAAUUAUUAUGCUGUUGAUGUCGGAAGCGGAACAACAUACAUGUCAAACAAUCCCUCACGUAGUACUACUAGUGAUACUACAAAUCUCAGGCUUGUAGUACUACUACUCGGGAUGUGAGUGAAUAGCUUUUGCUACCAGCUCUAACAAUAGCACCAAAAACAGGAGUAGAACAGAAGAAGCAAACGCUGCGGGAGCUUUGACGUCCAAACCUUCUUCGCAGACACGAUUGUACUCUGGACUCCGUUUCCUCACUGCUAAUGGUGAUUAAGGCUCUAUAAUUCCUACUUGUGAAAAUAACGACGCCCGAAGAAUUAAUUAAAGGUAGGAUGGAUAUUCUAAUUCAUGUUCGUGACGUUUUUAGAGAUGCCUCAGACGAGGACAGAUGAGAAAAUGGCAUAUACUGGAAUUGAUUUUCUAAUGAGUCAUCGAAAUGCUGGAGGAGGGAGAGCACAGGCUAAGCAAGCCCUCUUUGUCUUCCAGAUCAAAGAAGAUUAUGGCUUCCGGGAAUCGACAUUUGGCUUUUGUUUGAGCUUUUCCCUAAAAUAUCAACUACAUGCAGGGAGGAGAGGAACGAUGAUCCAUGUCUACAAUAUUACUGUCACGACCAGUGGUCAAUCUUAUCGUCCACUAAUAUGAAUCUUAGCGUUAUCAACGAAUACUAAAUCUAAAGUCUGGACGAAGCAAGUAGAUGUUUGCUAUUUGUCUAAAUAUCGCAGUAGUAGAGAUCAAUUCCUUUCUUUAGCUUUAUAUCUUCUCUUUUCUUCUGUUUUUCACGUGUCUAUUUCUGUUUUAUCUUUAGCUCAGUGCAGCUUUAGCUUGUUUAGCUUUUAUCUGAAUACAUCUUUUUAGCAUUCUACACGCAGACAGUGAGUGGUGUUUUGCAGCUUCUAAAUACAGCGUCGAAAAAAGAAAGAAAGAUCAACAUAAGCAGAAGCGCACUGACGUAGGUGGUUUUGAUAAGGCCGUUUCCACGCUGGCUUCGACAGGAAGUUAUGCAAGCAGGAGGAAAGAUGCAGUAGAUUUAUAUAAGAACUGAUUAACGAAAGCUUGCGUUUUUUCUUUGGCGUUCUUGGGGUUGGUCCUUUUUUGUGAGCACUGUAGCUUUUCUACAGUUGAUCUUGCCAGGAGCAUCGUCCUCUUUCCUUAUUAGCUUAUAAUUGUUCCAUCUUCCUUACACCGCUCAUGUUCUGAGUUCUAGGCUCACACUGUUUUUUAUUUGCUGAAAAAGUAAAAGAAACACUGUACUUUGUUCUUCCUGCUCGGUCUAUCUCGUCAUUUGUCAAGAGCCUCCCUCUAUUCUAAUUCGCGAGAAAAGCAAUGCCAAGGGUGUUUCUGGGUGUGCUGGCAGGCCCGGGAGAACAAAAGAGGCGAAAUCGAUGGCGCGAAACCUGCCUACCGCGUUUGCAAGCCACUGAAAAACACUAUCAGUCGCAAGGGCAGUCUAUUUUUUAUGAAUCAGUUCCCCUGGGUCGAGCACAGGAAUGAAAAUGAAGAGAAAACAUAGGCGGGACAACUUUUACGAUAACGUGAUGUUGAUCUUCUAAGAUAAAAAAUGCUUCUAUCGUCGUGUCCAUGAAUGUCAAGAACAUCUAGUGAAAAGUGUUUUCUCGUUCUUCCCCUUCUUCCUGUUGUGCGAGAUUUAUUGUAUUGUAUUGUAGUAUGGUAGCAGUCUUCUUCUUCCUGCCUUUUCUUCAUAUCCUACGCUGGCGCUUUUUUGUGGGCGAACCUGAUGCAUAUCCGAUAGGGUGGGACCGAUCACGACAUGAGCAGGGCGUCUCAGCACCAGAAGAGGUGAGGAAAAUGGCCAGAGACCUCCUCGCGGAAUCCGAGAAAUAUGGUAGGGCAGCAGGGAUUUUUGUAAGUAGUUUUUUACAUUACUCCUCUAUCAAUCUCAUAAUAGUUAGUAGUAUCACGUGAUUCUAUAUUUAGUAGUAUCACCUGAUUCUAUUCUUUGACUUUUCCCGCUUAGUGAGUCUGGCUUCACCACUAUUAUUGAGGCAGGCUAAUCAUGCUCAGUAGUGUACGAGAGUGAGCGGUCUAGAAACACAUCGAAGUUUUGAGGUAGUUAUAGUUUUGCAGUGGUUAUUGUCUGACAAGUUUUUAAAAAUGUACUGUUUGUACACGUGAAAACGAUUUCGAUCAAGUACAAGAAGAACAAAGUUCAGCUGUGAACAGUUUGUUCCUCUCCUUCAUUUAAUUCAUGUACAACAACUAGAUGAACUACUGUACUUUUCAGGUACUUCCUCGACUUCGUAUCGUCCUCCAUAAGGACUGAAGAAAUACCUUCUAAUCCCUGCGACAUUUACCUUACCUUCAACCCGGAUCACUAUAUUUCUACGUAUCAAAAGACUCUAGAGAUCUUUCGCGUAGGGAGCACUGCAGAACUAUGGACUGAUACGAACGGCGCGACUAUGCUCAACACUGGUAUGGACAUGAAGACUCGAGCGGGAGGAAGCACUCCAUCAGAGUCGGACUUUUAAGGCUCACGAACUUACUGGAGAUGAUGUCCUCCUUUCACGGGCUCCUAUCUGCUCCAAAGUAUCAAGUAAUGAAAAAGUGAAACAGGCUUGCCGAACUGUGCUUGUCCUUUUGGCGGUCCUCGCUGAUAUCAUGCAAACAGAAAGUUCAAGACAUGAAAAGGUGAAACAGGCAAUGCAUGCAUCUAAUCAGAAGGUGCCCUGGGAGCUACGGAAGACCUUUCGAUGUUCGAGAGGAAUCAAGCCCUUCUAGAAGAACAUAUUUACGAGAUCCUUUUUCGACGACCUUUUUUACCUUGGAAAAAUCUUAUCAUCCUUCUACCGUCAUUCAUAAGUGUCUCGUCCGCGAUUAGUACUCCUUUACUAGUACUAGUCGUCGAACAGUACUAGUUGUACCCAUUCCUAUAAUAUACUAGUUCAAAUUUAACAGUUACGAGAACGAUCAGAGAAAGAAGCUGUUGGUACUUCUAAGAACGGCAACAUGAAUCCUUGUCCGAGCAAGUGGAGGACAAACAACGAGCAGGUCCGACUCCUCCGGAAUUCGUGGCGAAACUGGACAACGAUUAAGACCCCUCUUAAUUCAUCUUUUGCUAGUUCAUCUGGUCCGACAAGUACUAGACAUCAAUAGCUACAUAAGAGGUCCAACCGUGGUGACAUGACAAUGUUCACAGAUGAGGGAAAAGAUGGACGAUCGUAGUAAAUUCUAAGACGGUUUUUGCUUCCAAUACGAACACUUCUCCAACGCCAUGAUGAACUACGAAGCGUCCUUGUUAGAACUACCACGAAACCGGGAAUUCAAGCCUACAGUAUCCUAUCGACCAGUGAAGAAAUCUGAUGGUGCUGGUGGUGGAGGAGCUUUUCUACUUAUGGCGCUUGGAAGUUUUGAACAUCAUGAACGUGAUUGGUACUUCAGUGGUGGGAAGUGCUGGUUUAAUAGUCAAGCUCAAGCAUAUUCUUGAUUUCACUGAGGCAGAAGCUGGUGCCAGGCACAUCAAGCCAACUGCGCAGUCGUGUGAGCCUGGUUUUCUCAAAACUGUAGCAUUUUGGUUCUCUUCCGGUGGCUAUUCGGUUCUCUAACCUCCUUCUCAACAUGACCCUUAAGUAGGAUUAAAUCGCAGAAUAUCUAAGUGGGCUUCAUCUGCUCCACUGCACUUCGUCAACAACAUCUAAUACACAAGAGCAAGCGGAAAGUGCAACUGGUGACUCAAGUGGCGAUCCAGUAGUGGUGAAAGGCCCAGCUGUCAACUUUGCGAUUUCUCUGGGAAAAACAGGAGCUGUAGUUCCGAAGGCGAUCGUCCCUGCAAAGGCUGCAGGUGCUAAACUCAAUUAUGGCUGGCCACUUUUCUAACGACGUUUGUACUGGUAGUAGCACCUCUAAACUGAUGCGGCCAUGGACAUAGUAGUACCUCUAAACCACUCCAUCAUAUCCCUUCUUACACUAUCGCUAUCCAUCCUGGCAUCGUAUCCCUUCUUACACUAUCCAUCCUAGCAGCGUAUCCCUUCCGACCCUCGUCUAUUCCCCUGUACUGCACCCUAUCCCGUCUUAUUAAACUAUCCCUAUCCUAUCCUUUUCUAUCCUAUUCCAUAUCUACUUAUGUAUCUAAGCCUAAAAAUGCCCCGUUUUAUACUAUGCUUUUCUGCUCAACGUGCUCGACAAGACCAAGAUCAUGGGUUUUCUGGCACAACUUUCUCUAUAUACACUAUCCCUACCGUGCCCUAAUGCCUUGUCUAACUGAAGCCAAAAGAUCCGAAUGCGGUUGCGGCAGUAAGCACGAACUUGCACUACGAUGCGCCAGCGCUCAUCCUGUCGAACGCGAAGGACAAGAAAAUUAUGCUAUAUCAAUUGCAUGUAUAACAAAAGUGACGAAAGACGAGCCAAUCGAAUGUGUAAAAACAGUGAAGAUAGUAAUUUUUUUGAAGAUGAUCAUAAGUGUAGUAUAACAAAGUAAGUAGUUGAGAUAAGCUGAGUGUAACGAUGCACGUAGCGGCUUAAGCUACGUAUGAAGUUGCACAGACAAAAAAGUACAUAGAAGAUGACCUUGACCAGUCCGUGGACCUUGCUGGUUUACCUAGUGGACCCACACCUACCCUAACCUAGUCAGUGGUGCAGUAGGUGAGUCUUCAUAAAUAUAUCCAGCACUCUCUUCUAAAAACAAACGUGACGAGCUCGAAGAGCGUCUUUUUUCGAACUCCUUGAUUUAUGGAUGGAGUUUGUCCCAUCUCGAUGCCUUAAAAGACUCAAUUUUCGAAUGACCACAGGAUGAUCAGUCGGCUUAGUGGUUUAGGCGUUGGCCUGUUCUCUUAUCAAAUCUCAAGGGGUCGCAGUCAUUAGUGUGGUCAAAGCAAGAACCUGACUAGGUUUAGAAAUUGCAUGUGACUACAGGAGGUUAAUUCUGAAUCAUCGAGAAAAGCGUGGCCUUAGGUUUAUUAAGGCCGACAACAAUAACUACAACCCAAUCAAGAAAGUUAAGGUCCUAGGUAGAUGGGAUAAAGCUCCAGCAUCGUUCAUAUGAUAGGCAAGCAACACGGAGAAAAGCUGCCACAAGCGCCAGAAAUAAUGGCCGCCUCAUACCUCUGGACUGGUGCUGCGUACAGCAUUCAAUUAAGGAUCAUCAUUCUUGCAUCCUACCCUAGUAGAAAUAUCUGAAGCAGUGCUAGUGCAGGUAUUUUCGUGCAAUAUAUAAUGAGUUGUCCUUACGUCCUAUCCUAGUAGGCUACUUGAAGUUGCAGGCUCUUUUUCUAAUCCCCCUCGGCGUUGACGGUCGAUUCUUUCCGUACCCAAGUGGGUCGAGUGAGAUUUUGUCCCAGAAGCUCGCUUAUCUCAUCUCUCACACGGAGCGAGUCUACUCGGGAUUGGUACUUUUUGCCCAUAUUACUGUACUAGAAAUAAAUCCAGUGAUUUUGAUUGAUUAUAAUGAUAUCUCUCACACGGAACGAGUGACGAUUCUAUGCAGGAAGAUUGGGACUUUUGUAUUAUAUACUGUGAUUUUAUUGUUGGUACUUCUUAGUUACGGUUGCCACGGCCUCCGGGCUCACGAGAUUCUUAUAGAACAACGUCGCGGAAGGCACACCGACCGUCGUCGAAAAUAUCUAUCAUCCCAAUCGCCAUCGCGAUCAUGAUCAUGCUGAUUAUCAUUGUCAUGACCAUCAUCAUCCUCCUCCUUAUUAUCAUGGUCGUCGUUAUGCUUCAGCUUCAACGGUAUAAAAAUUAUUGCAUUGAACAAAUAGAUGCUCCUCCGAUUUGAAAAUUCCCAUAAUUUUCAGGCGAUGGGCUAUGCCACGAGUAGUGAGGACACCGAUUUAGGCUGGUGGAUUCACCAUGUCGCGGAGAAGCAUGGUGUCAACGUAGACCUCCUCGAUUUGGGGCAGAAGCUGAACACAGUCCAGGGCUUAGCGGACACUCAUGGUUAAGGCUUUUAGCGAAGUAACUCCGAACGUUCUAUUUUCACGACAAAGAGUAUUAUACCCAUAUAGAUGUAGUAGAGUCGAGGCAAGUCGAUUGAUUGAUUGAUUGAUUGAUUGCUUGACAGUCCAGAGUUGGCCCUGGGUCUGUUUGUUCCUGCGUUAUCCAGCGCCGCCGCUCGUUAGACGGCCGCAUAUUAUAGUUGAUUGAUUGAGUGAUCGAGUUGUCUUUGUGGAGCGAAGAUGUGGACACCCUCAAGAACGAAACUAAUCCUACGGCCAGAGGUCUGGCUCUUCUAAUCUCAAGUCGGAUUCAAUGCGGCGGUGAAGAAUCCGAAUAUGUUAUUGUAGCCUUUCGCAUUUGGCGCUUUUGUUCUUCUCAUGUUCACGUUCAGUAAGAACUGCGAUUGUAAAUCUGUGUAAUGACUAAAGAAUAUAUAAUGAAUCACGUGAGAACUAAGAGGAAAAAGCAUCACAACAAGUGAGCCAAUAGUGAGCAACGAAUAUGAAAUGUAAAGACUAGAACAAGAUGUACAACAAGUUGCGAAUACUUCUACUGCAACAUUAUUUGUACAGAAAAGAUGAAUAACCUUCACCUCCCAACGCUUAUCAAAAUGAAUGUUUUUACGUGUGAUGCCAUACAUAGAUUACACUGAUGAUAGAAAAACAAAAAGAAAAUAGAGAAUGAACAUGAAAUCGCUUGUGUCUUCUAUCUUCUUUCCUCGAAGUAAAAGUUCCUGUUCGGGUAUCUCCACGGCUUCUCUUUCCUAGUUUCACUCAUCGGUCCUCGCUGGCGUUGUUUCAUUGAAAAAAUCGUAGUUCAUUUAUCAGCAUCAAGCUCAAGUUGCAUUUCCUAGAAGAUAGAAGUAGUUGCAAUUUUUAUAGUAGACACUAGAUCGCACUGACUUCGAACAAAAAGACUCCACCUGAUGGCACAUGCUCACUAAAAAAUAAUCAUUCUCCCAUGCCUGUGUUCCCAAUACUCAUGGCGAAUCCGUUGAAACAUAACAUGACCGAGCAUGAGAGGAUAAUAGGAGCGGUGCCUGCUUCAGGGAUACAGUUACA